GAUAAUACUAUCGUUCCCUCAGGGACUAAUGAAUUGCUUCAGGAUUUAAGCGAGGCAGACUUAUACACAAAAUAUAAGAAACUUCAAAGGCAUCUCGAGUUUCUUGAAUUGCAAGAGGAAUAUAUAAAAGACGAACAAAAAAAUCUCAAACGUGAAUUAAUAAGAGCUCAAGAAGAAGUUAAACGAAUCCAGUCCGUCCCAUUGGUUAUUGGGCAAUUCUUAGAACCAAUUGAUCAACACACGGGGAUUGUUGGUUCUACAACGGGAUCAAAUUAUGUUGUUCGUAUUCUGAGUACAAUUGACCGGGAAUUACUUAAGCCUUCUUCUUCGGUUGCCCUACAUCGUCAUUCAAAUUCGUUGGUUGAUGUAUUACCACCCGAGGCAGACAGUAGCAUUGCAAUGCUUGGUGCAGACGAAAAACCUGAUGUAACUUAUGCAGAUGUGGGUGGCCUUGACAUUCAAAAACAAGAAAUUAGAGAAGCUGUAGAGUUACCAUUAACACAUUUUGAUUUAUAUAAACAAAUUGGAAUUGAUCCUCCACGUGGUGUUUUGUUAUAUGGACCUCCUGGAACGGGUAAAACUAUGCUUGUAAAAGCUGUUGCUCAUCAUACUACAGCAUCUUUUAUUCGAGUAGUUGGAUCAGAAUUUGUACAAAAAUAUUUGGGAGAAGGACCGCGUAUGGUGCGUGAUGUAUUUAGAUUGGCGCGCGAAAACUCACCGGCUAUUAUCUUUAUUGAUGAGAUAGAUGCAAUUGCUACCAAACGGUUUGAUGCACAAACCGGUGCAGACCGUGAAGUCCAAAGAAUUUUAUUGGAGUUAUUGAAUCAAAUGGAUGGAUUUGAUCAAUCAUCAAAUGUUAAAGUGAUCAUGGCAACAAAUAGGGCAGACACUUUAGAUCCAGCAUUACUUAGACCUGGACGACUUGAUCGAAAAAUCGAAUUUCCUACCCCUGAUCGACGUCAAAAACGUUUAAUUUUCUCCACCAUUACCUCUAACAUGAAUCUUUCUGAGGAAGUUGAUCUUGAAGAUUUUGUGUCGAGACCUGAUAAACUUAGUGGUGCUGAAAUUCAUGCCAUAUGUCAGGAAGCUGGAAUGCAAGCAGUUCGAAAAAAUCGUUAUGUAAUUCUUAGUAAAGAUAUAGAAAAAGGAUAUAAAGCGAAUGUUAAGAAAGCUGAUACGGACUUUGAAUUUUACAAAUAA